AUGAAUCUUUUUAAACUCCGCCGAAUACUCACUUGUUGGCGUAAGAAAGGUUCAGAUUCCGCAACAGAAAGCAAGCCACAAACAAUUGCCGAGAAUGACAAAGGAGAUGAGGAACCGUACGGUGGUUUGAGCGAGGUCGCUGCUCCGAUUCCGGUUGAACGCACAACCGAAGAGGAACAAGCGCGGCACGAAUCCCUUGAUAGCAACCUGUCUGGAGGGUCACAUUCGCACCCUCAUCUCUCCAAUAAUUAA